CAGCUAAGGCUCUUUCUUUUAUCCUUUUUAGGAAUAUAUCAUUAGGGUACAAAGAGGAAUUUCCACGGAAAACAGCUGGCAGAUUGUUAGAAGAUACAGUGACUUCGAUCUACUUAACAACAGCUUGCAGAUUGCAGGCCUGAGUCUGCCUCUUCCUCCUAAGAAACUGAUUGGAAACAUGGACCGUGAAUUCAUAGCUGAGAGACAGAGAGGCCUGCAGAACUACCUUAAUGUCAUCAUGGCAAAUCAUGUCUUGUCCAAUUGUGAGCUGCUUAAGAAGUUCCUAGACCCGAACAACUAUUCUGCAAACUACACUGAGAUCGCCUUACAACAGGUUUCCAUGUUCUUCAGAUCAGAACCAAAGUGGGAGGUGGUAGAACCACUGAAAGACAUAGGUUGGAGGAUAAGGAAGAAAUAUUUCUUGAUGAAAAUUAAAAAUCAACCAAAGGAACGACUGGUGUUGAGCUGGGCUGAUCUGGGCCCAGACAAGUACUUGUCAGAUAAAGAUUUUCAGUGUGUAAUCAAACUUCUGCCUUCCUGUGUGCACCCUUACAUAUAUCGGGUUACCUUUGCCACAGCUAAUGAAUCCUCAGCAUUGCUGAUUAGAACCUUUAAUGAAAAAGGAACGCUAAAGGAUCUGAUCUACAAGGCAAAGCCAAAGGACCCCUUCCUAAAGAAGUACUGCAGCCCUAAGAAAAUCCAGGGCCUUGAACUCCAGCAAAUAAAAACAUAUGGACGGCAGAUAUUAGAGGUACUAAAGUUUCUCCAUGACAAAGGAUUCCCUUAUGGCCAUCUUCAUGCAGCUAAUGUGAUGAUGGAUGGCAACACUUGCCGACUGCUAGAUCUUGAAAAUUCCUUAUUGGGUCUUCCUUCCUUCUACCGAUCCUACGUCACACAAUUCAGGAAAAUCAAUACACUAGAAAGUGUAGAUGUCCACUGCUUUGGCCACUUACUGUAUGAAAUGACUUAUGGACGACCUCCAGACUCCGUGCCUGUUGACUACUUUCCUCCUGCACCAUCCAUGGCUGUGGUGGCCGUGUUGGAGUCUACGCUGUCUUGUGAAGCCUGUAAAAAUGGCAUGCCUACCGUCUCCCGGCUUUUACAGAUGCCAUUAUUCAGUGAUGUUUUACUAACAACUUCUGAAAAGCCACAGUUUAAGAUUCCCACAAAAUUAAAAGAGGCAUUGAGAAUUGCCAAAGAAUGUAUAGAAAAGAGACUCGUUGAAGAACAGAAGCAGAUUCACCAACAUCGAAGACUAACGAGAGCUCAGUCACACCAUGGGUCUGAGGAAGAAAGGAAGAGGAGAAAGAUCCUAGCUCGAAAGAAAUCAAAACGAUCUGCUGUUGAAAACAGCGAGGAGCAGCCAGCAAAGCACAACUCCACUAACUCAGCAGGAUCUGGGGCCAGCUCUCCUCUCACAUCCCCAUCAUCUCCAACUCCACCCUCCACAGCAGGGCUGUCUUCUGCAUUACCUCCACCUCCUCCACCACCUCCGCCUCCACCAGCAGGUCACUCAACAACCUCAGGCACAGAGAUACCUGUCCCACUCCUGCCCCAGGCUGUGAAUGGUGUGAACCGUGGGGCCUUGCUCAACUCUAUCCAGAAUUUCCAAAAGGGAACUUUAAGGAAAGCCAAAACCUGUGAUCACAGUGCUCCUAAGAUUGGCUGAUGUUUCCUGUUGACACUGGGCAAGCUCUUCUGUCCCACUCCCCCCCAACUUCCUCUUCCUAGGUGAGUCCUUGCAGAGCCAGUGCAGCCAGUCUUGCAAGAGGGAAAUGCUCUCCAAGUAGAAUAAAGUGGGGCCAGCAUUGCUGCCUUAACAUUUUACUCUUCUGUGACUCUAAUGGGCUUCCUUUAGGGGCAGCAGCAUAUUAUUUGCACCAGCUAAAGGUAAAUGACAAAAAAGCAAAAGCAAUGACAAUAUUCCAUCACAGCAGUGACUGGCCUUACUGUCCCUCCUACUCUAUCAGAAGCAUUCUCAUAGCUCAUUCCUCUGACGCAUUUUCUGGCCAUUUCUUAGGUAGUUCACCUCAGAUGCUAACAUUAACCAAGGCUGAGGUAGAGAAGCAAGAGCUCUCUUCAUUCUCCCUUUCGCAGGACAGGGGGAAUUCCUCUGUCUCAAGUUCAAUGGGAAUCUCACUGGCUGAGAGCAGCCACUCUGGAUUUAUAGUUUUCAGUUAGAAUGUACCAAAACAGAAAGAAAAACAUUAACCACAGAAAAAGCUCUUGCAGGUUAAAGGGUUGUCUUAGUCCUCAGCAUUUAGGUCCAGGUUAGGGUAGGGGGAAAGUCAGCAUUACAAGUGAAUCUGGCAUCGAUGGCAAUCACUUCUGAUUUGAUUAAUCCAACUUCAGCAUCUUUUCUGAUGUUACUCAGUUAUUAGAAAUCUUUCAUUCUGUGAUUUGCUUAAACCUUUAAAUAAAUUGCACUUUAAAGGAUUAUAAAAAAAUCCAUUUUAAAAUUUAAAUACACAUAUCAGUGUUGGUUACUAUGCAGAAAGAAUGUCAUUGUGUAUAGUUUCAUGUAAUCUAUGAUAUACUCAGCUGUAUUUUUAUUAAAAUAAAUCAUGACAAGAAAAUAUGUUGUGGCUUUGCUAGGUAUUUCAUCUGAGAACUUCUUACAGCAUAUUUUGUGAAGAAAUUGUAGUGUCACAAGUGUAUUCAUUUCCUGUCUCCUUAUCCCUUCAUAACUGCUAAUAGCCCUUACUAUGUAGAGACCAUCUGUACGCUUCCAGAACUUGUUGAAAACAAUCCUUUCCAUCAAGUUCUAAAGAGGCUCAUAUAUGACAAUAUCUGGUUUUGGCACUGUGGAAGAGUACCCAACAUGAAUCUUUUUCAUUUUCAAAAAGAAAUUUCAAAAAAAUUUUAUUAAAAUUUGUUAUGAAGAGUCAAUAUACUGCGCUUGGGAUAUAACUCAGUUGGCAAAGUGCUUGUAUAGCACUCAGGAAGCCCUGGAUCAUUAAUCAUUACCAGCAUUUUAUCAACUAAGCAUGGUGGUAUGUGUCUAUAGCACUUGGAAGGUAGAGAGGUAGGUGGGUCAAAAUCUCAAGGUCAUCAUCCUCUAUUAAAUAAUGAGUCUGCCUCAAAAAAAAAAAAAAAAAAAAAGGCUGUUUGGCUUUGGACAGUGCUGUGUGGACUAGUGACCAGUCUGAUGGAAACCUGGAGCUGAGUGCUUCUGCUCUUAGUUUUCACAAUUUUGGGUAAAGCUUAAGAUAUAUAAAUAAAAGCAAAUCGGGUCUGGGGAUGUAGUAGAGCACUUGGCUAACAUACCUGUGAUCCUGGA